GAACCACCCACCAGUCACUGCCGCCAUAUUGCUGGCGCAGGUGCUCGUCAGAUAAAUGUCGAGCCUGUUGUUUUCUUAAUUGUGAGGAAACCAUCUAUAUUUUGAUCUGGAGUGACGUCAAAACUAACAGAUUUUGGCUGGAGCCAUAGCCUGACAACAUGGCUGACAUUUACAGGAGUGACAUUGAAGCACUGUGUGAAAAGCUGAAGCUGGCAGGUGAAGAGUCCCUGAUUUUAACUGCCAGUAUAUCGGAGGAAAAAGUGACCCACUUCGGCUCUAGUGUCGGCGUACUGUACGCCAGAGAUAUCACUGACACUUUCCUCCAGUUCUGUAAAGACAAUUACAAUGUUUCUGAUGUCCAAACGACUCCUGAACGUGUAACAAGAGCCAGCGUCGCCCGUCCAACAACAUCUAGACGUCCUAGACGAAAGAGAAAAGUUCCUGCUACAUAUAAAGACAGUUACGAAGACAAGGACGAUGAUGAUUUUGCAGAUCCUUUAGAAAGUGUUGGGGGUGAUGAUGAUGAAAGAGAUGAAGACUACAGUGUAGAGUUGGUAUCAAAAACCAAUGAACCAGAAAAGGACGUCAAAUCUAAAACACCACUGAAGAAAAUCAAACUGAAGUUAUCGUCGGUGAAAGUAGAAAGUGUAGAAGCAGAGGGCAAUGCCAUUGAGACGGUAGACGAUAGCACCAAGAAUGGAGAAGGAGAGGCUCGACGUGAUACGCGAUCUACUGCCAAGGGAGUGAACUCUCACAAAUGUCCUCACUGCCAGGCUGCGUUUGAAAGUUACUUGACUCUAGUACGCCACGUUAAAGAUCAUGCCUCCAAAACCAGUCACCCGUGUGUGAGAUGUAAGAAAUGUUUCACCCGGAAAAGCGAACUUGACAGACACAUGGCAUCACAUUCAAAGGAUAGAGGAAUCAACUGUGACAUAUGUUCUCAAAAAUUCAAAACUAGAGAUGGAAUGAUUCGACAUAAAAAGAGAAUUCAUAAAGUUAAUAUGACGAAAAAACCCGUGCCAAUUCCAGUUGGAAAGAUUUUAAAUGUUAAUAAAGGCGGGAAGAAAUACGGAUGUGAAUCCUGCGACGCCGCCUUUAAAACAAGGUUUAAUUUAAAACGUCAUAUGUUGACACACACUGACGAACGUCCCUACAAAUGCGACAUUUGUGGUAGGGCGUUCCGUGAUUCAGACAACCUUGCCAAACAUAUAGUACGACACACAAACGAGAAGCCGUAUAAGUGUGACCUUUGUUUCAAGUCAUUUAAGAGUAAAGGCGGACUGAAAAUUCACGGCAUAAUUUUCCAUGGAGAAAAAGGACCCGGUAAAGGCAAUUCGGAAUCGUACAAAUGCAGCAUCUGUGGAAGAACGUGUGGGUCGUAUUACUCUCUCAAAAGUCACGAGAAUUGCCACAAAAAUGACGUAAAAAUUCUUAACAAGAGUAGGGAGCUUGUUGCCACCGAAGGAGAACAGGAGGACAUUGGACCUGCACACUAUAUCGAGAAGGAGGAACCUCCUUUCGAGCCUGUUCAGAAUCAACCCAAGGCUGGACGUCCUUGGUACACGUGUGAACGGUGCGGAAAGCAGUUCACAGCCCUGAGAAACUAUCGAAUCCAUAUAAAGAAUCAUGACAAUCACAGAGAGAGUCACGCGUGUGAAAUGUGCGGUAAGGAAUACCUUAGUCCAGUGGCCUUGUACCGACACAGGAAGCUACACGACCGGAAAGGCACGUACAUUUGUAAAACGUGUGGACAGAGGUACAACACUAUGGAGAGUCUCAGGAGACACGCCAAGAUACACUUACCUGAGAAACCCUAUAAAUGUGACGUAUGUCACAAGGGAUUCCUCGAGCGACGAAAUCGAGACUCUCAUUAUCUCACUCAUACGAACGAGAAGCCGUUUAUUUGUGAUCAGUGUGGAAAGGCGUUCCGCACGCAGAAACAAAUGACCAACCACGCCGGGGUUCAUACUGGCGACAAACCGUACAAAUGCAAUAUCUGCAACGCCACCUUCCGUCUCAAAGAUACUCUUAGGAAUCAUAAAAUCAUCCAUAGUGCUUUUAAAAAGUUCAUGUGUCAUACUUGUGGGAAAAGAUUUCAUCGUCCUGUUCAUCUCCGUAAUCAUCAGUCUGUCCACGCAGAACAUCCCGAGCACAUGUGUAAACACUGUGGAAAGGGGUUCAAGAUGGAGUCUUCCCUGAAAACACAUAUGGUCGCUCAGCAUAUGAGUGCAGAGGAGCUGGCGUCGUGCUCGUUCAAGACGCAUAAGUGUGAAUAUUGCGGCAAAGUGUUUCGUGAGCGACAUAACCACGACCGUCACAUCCGUAUCCAUACCGGUGAAAAACCAUACGCUUGUGAGAUCUGUGGAAAGUCUUUUGCCGACAGCAGCAAUCUUCGUACGCAUGUAAGAAACCAUAAGGGAGAUAAAUCCAAGGCGUGUCAUAUCUGUGAAAAAUCGUUCAUGUUCACCAAAGACCUGAAAAAACACAUGAUGACACAUACGGGGUCAUCUUCCAAGCAUACACAUUACCCUAACCCCGAGGUUGAGGUAGACUCUCAAAAUCACACUGUGACAGUGCAUGUUCCGGCUCCCGAUUCCAUGGUGGUUAGCCACCAACAGCUCCAGCAAAUCCCGCCACAACAUCAGCAUUCCGUUCCGCCGCAGGCAGGUCUUCCCUCUCCACAUCCGAUACCGAUUGUUGAACCACAUCCGGUUUCUCUUACCGCUGUUCAUCUUGUGCAACAGACAACACAACAUUCUGCAGCUCUUUCGAUACCACAUGCUGUACCUCAUUCAGCAGCAAUGAAAAUUCCUCUUGCCCAGACUUUGCCUUUGUCAGCUGUGUACUCGGUACCGCAGACAUCUCAAUCCACUCAUCAGUCACACUCCCCGGGAUCCGCACUCUCUCCAAUCACCAUGCACACACAACAUCUGCCCCACCCGCCUCCCCAUCCUACACCACACUCUUUGCCACCUCCAACCUCGCACGAACAGGAAGUUUACAAUGCCGCUUACGCUCUCAACUUCGCCCAGCACAUAGCGCCGCUUCCGCCCGUGUCUGUACCUUCCAUGGAGUCCAUGAUCCACAACCCGUCCAUGGCCAAUCAGCACCAGACAUGGCACAACAUGUGAAGUUUAGAGGCUACACGCAACCGCUGGGUCGCGUACCCUUUCACAGACAAGGUCCCUCUUUUUAUAUUAUUAUCAAGAUUUAUGCGGAGAAAAAAGUCCAUACUAGUAACCGUCCUCAUAACCUUGGCUGUUGCAAGGAUGCUGAGCUCCGUAGAAACAAACAACCGAUUUAAGUGCGAGUAGUCCAUCGCAAAUCGGUUAAUGCAAUUUUCUCGUCGAAAUCCCACCUCCAAGUAUUGUUUUUUAGGAUUUUUUGGGUGUUUUUUUUUAUGUUUUUCAAAUGCUGCCUACUACCCGAAGGAUGUAUUCUACUUUUAUAUGUUUAUUGUUAAUUUUGAUGUGAUUACAUUAAUAUCAAAUGUUCAAAUUGCUUGUAAAUCUCCAAAGUUUUCCACCUUUUGAAUUUACAGGUUUUAUUUAAAAAGUAACUUUUCUGGGAAUACUUAUUAAAUACUACGUUCAACUUAUUCUCAAUUUGAUUUUCAUAUCUUGUAGAUUUCGCAUCUUUUGGAACUUCCUUUAAACGUGAAUUUAAAUAACAAAAUUAUAAUUACAUGUAGUUUCUUUUUAUGCGAUAUCGAUUAUAUUGCCUCAGUAUUCAUUUUGAAAUAAGUUUACGAAUCAUUUCGCUAUUACUGCCCAUUGAGUAUUAUUAUCAUAGCUUCUCUUUAAGGUAAGAAAGUGGUGGUGUCAGAUCUUUUGUACUUUGAGUGGAUCAUAAACGUUGGUUAUGCUGAAUAUGUCUUCCCAAUGAAUGUCAAUGCAAAUUCGACAUUAAUUUGUUCGAUUACUAUAGCACUAAUGCCAUAUCGUUGUUAUUGUUUUCUCAUUGUGAGAAUAUGUCCGUUGUGGUUGUAUAAUUACGCACCUUGUACCUACAGAGAAUAAUAUGAAUCUAUUGUAGAUCUCUUUGCUGUACAUUCGUUACCGGUGCUACUUUACACAUUCAAUAGGUUUAACUAAUUCUCAAGUCUACACAAUUAUAAAAGGCUCCUUUAUUAUAUAGGUUGUUAGUUUGAUCUUUUAGCUUGUUUUCGUUAUUGACUGUGUUUGGUUAUGAACACACAUUGCAAACAACCAUUAUACUAUACUGUAGGUAAUCGUUAGCAGCCCCUUCAUAAUUGCAUAUACUUACAUACUAUGAAAACUAUAUACUAUAUAUUAAUUGUAUGUUUAAUGACAGAUUCCUAUUAACUGAUAUAUCUUGUAAUAGAUACAUUGCUUAUAUACUCUAGUCGUCAUCAGACAUUUGUAGGUCUUAGCCGUGUUACAUUGUCUCGAUUUUUUGCCGAAUCCGUUUACUUUUAACAUAUGAUGUUUACACAGUUUUGGUGUCUAUGGAUUUAAUUUUCUUUACACUUCAUAUAAUUAAGAAAACAAAAGAACAAUUGCAUUUUGUCUAGUCCACGAAUUUCUAAUAUAGGUGAAGUUUGACGAAAACGAAAUUAUAUUCUCUAUAAUGCCGAACAAAUGAACACAGUAUGAUAGAAAGGUAUUUGUCGAUUGUUCAGAUUGUUACAAGUUUACAAGCAAAUAGAAUAAACUAUUUGUCAAAAUCUAAAGCUUAACAUUUUCUCUAGUUUUGUUUUCAAUAUGUAUAUAUAUAUAUAUGUAUUUAAUUCUUCUGCUUUUUUACAUCAUUAACAAAAGGGAAUAAUAGCACCCUUGGGAAUACAGCCUUAAUCAUAACAGCAUAGUAAAGGUAUUGGAAAUAGAAUUAAGGGGGCUCUAUAUUUUCCCCAUGUCGCCAAUACUGUUAUCGUGUUAAAUGCUGUCUACUUCUUUAGUCUGUAUACUAAGUAUCAAUGUCGGGCUAAAAUGUUGUAAAUUGAUGACACCCUUGAAAACACUACACACGAAACAAGAAAAUUCAACAUAUAUUAUGUAGGAUAGGAUAUUUAUAUCCUGUAGAAAAUUAUACCAAUUUUCUUUAUGCAAGACUUUGUGAAUAGGGUCAUUGUUAAAUACAUGAAUAAUUCGCAUCAUUUCUCGAUUAACAACUUAAAUCUCACUUCUGAUCAGCUGUUCGAGAUUUAAAAUAUGAAUAUAGCAUAGAAUAACGUUGCGUUCUAUUUAACGGUUCAUUAUCACGUUCCCUAUGAUUGAAUAGCUAAUAACAAAAUAUAAAUGAUGUUGAAAAUACUUUGAUCGGGAUAUUGCUUUCACCUGAAGAUUUCUUCAUGCCUAAGGUCAUUCUUUGUGAUGAGUAACAAUACGUAAUUUUAGAUUGCAAGGAUAAAUUGUAUCACAAUUACCUUGUAUUGAUUUGAGAAUAUGAUCUAGUGUUUUAACGUAAAAAACGCUUUUGUACAUAAGUACAUGUUUUAGUUUUAGUAAUCUGUUAACUUAUCUUUUAUGUAUUUUUAACUGGAUACAAAUAAACCUUCGCUAGAUUGACUGGUCAUGUAAUAAACAUCUUAACCAUUGACUAUCUCGUUUCUAUGGCUACAUUACAUCGCAGAUCAAGGUUUUGUAUUCGUGCCAGUCUAUAUAUAUAUAUGUAUAUGCUUAUUUCUUUUUUUUAUAUUUCAGUUAGAAUACGAUUUUAGAGUGAACUGAUGACUAUCCUGAUAUCAAUAUCUGUAUUAUAAGGCCACUGGAUAUCUCAAUUAUUGUUACGUUGCAUAAACGUUUUAGGAUAUCGGUGAUUAAAGCAGUGCAUGACGUACGGAUUACUUUGUGGUAUAAUUACUCAGCUGAAGUCAUUUGUCCCUAAUGUGAUCACCAAUUAAAGUUAUAGCUCGUUACGUGUUUAUUUAUACACAAGCCAUUCCUAGUAUUAGUCAUUACUUGUAACCAGGGUAACACGUUAUCAUUUAUUUGAUGCAAAAACGUUAGUUUUCAUAGUAACAGAUUUUUUUACAUUGGGAGUCCUGUACAGGUAUGUAGUGUUUGAAUUAUGGUACGUAAUACGUUUUACGUAUGCAAUUCUAGCAGGUUGUAUUAACAAAGACAGAUGGAGACAAAAACUGGUUGAUGGUAAAUGAAUGUUAAGAUAGCUGGCUAUAUAUAUAUAUAUUCAUUGCAAGUAUACCAUAGUGUUUACCGGAUUUACCGCUGGGACCAAAUUUAAAUAUAAGAAUUUGUUUUUUAUCAACAAACAUAUACACUACAUCACAUUUUUUUAGCCACCCGUAAACUUAUUCUGAUGAUAUUCGUUUCUGUGUUUGAUAAUAUUCACCCUGAAUGUUUAAGUGCAUGGCGUUCUUUUUAUGCACCCGUAAAAUUUGCAGAGAGAAUUAUGAUAUAGCGUCGUGCGUCCGUCCGUUCGUCCAACUCGGAGUAAACUGUUGUUUGUCUGGAUAUCUUCCCUACAUUUUAUCGACCUAUAUCUUUGAUAUUCGGUAUACAUUAUAAUCAUGAUAUGCACUUGUGUUUCCCUGAAACGAAUUUUGAUUCCACUAUUUUUGCAAUACCCUUUUAUUCAUUUCAGUAUUUGAUUUCUUGUCUACAUUUUUCAAUGGAUUUCUGUGUAACUUCGUAGGCUUUUUAAUCAUGUUAUGUUCUGAGAGGCAUUUUGAUUCGACUAUUUUGCAAAAGGUAUUCCCACCUUAUUUUCUUCCUUUUUUAUAUAAUUACAUCCUGUCCGAUCUCCUACUUUUUCUACAGGCUACGGAUUUCUUUAAAACAUAUUAUGCAUUAUGAUCAUGAUUUGAAAUGGUGUAAAAUGAUUAUUUGUAUUCCUCCAACUGUUAGAAAAUUGAACAGUUAUCUUGUAGUGAAAGUAAAGGUAGAUGUUAAAGCAUGCCACCUAACAACCCAAAAGGUGAUUCGAAUCUAAUCUCAAUGUCAGAUAGUAUUUAGCACUAUGUGGUAUUCGACGGGCGUAUAUUGUUUUUGUAAUUUUAUUUACUGUUUGUUAUAUGUAACACCAACUUGGUGUUGGUUUUAUCUUCGCUACUGUAGUAUCAAGUGAAGGUUUACUGCAUGCUCCAUUCGCAUGUUAUUUACAUUUAGAUCACUUUAACUAUAUGUAUACAAAGUAAUAGUGAUGCAAUGUUUUUAUAUGACGUAGUAUUAAAAACUACCAGCUUGAUUAAUAAAACGUGAUUAAUAAA